CCAGUGGAUGAGCUGCGGACUGUUCUGUUUGAGAUGCUGAAAAAGAAGGAAGAGAGACAAGGUCAGUCUCCCGUAGCAUCGGCACAGGAGCCUGUGAGUGAGGAGGAUGAUGUUUUGGAGCUCGACUCUACACCAGACCCCAUGGCCACACCCACAGCUGUCAAAGCCCUGAUCCGUGGUGACCGAGGAGGCUCGUCUGUGGUCAAGUACAAGAUCACCGCCACACCAGGUGGCUUCAGGAGCCAGCAGAGAGAGGCGACGUUGGCCCGCAUGGUGGAUGGACAGGAGCUGAGGUUCUUCACCCCCGUCAGGCGCUCGGUGAGGAUCGAGAGGUCUGUGCUCCUCUACCCCGCCUCCCUUCAGGAGCACGACCACUGUGUGGCCUCCUUCAAUGACCUGAUGGCCCAGGAGGAUGAGAGAGAGGGGGAAGGAGGGAGGGAGACGGAGAGGGGGGAGGCAGCGCCGGGCCCAUCCCGAACGGCCAUCUGUACGUUUACAGAGAGAACGGGGCUCUGAGAGACAAGGUCAACAUCCAGCUGGUCUACGCUGAGGAAGAAGACUAAAGUACUGUCCUCCUAGUAGUGUAAAGUGGUUUCCUCCUGCUUUACCCUGAUCUAAUAGUACAGGAUGAUCUCAUUCACCCUCUGGGAAUGUAGCUUUCACCUGUACAGUUGUAUGUCCUUCAGUAGAGUCACAUUCCUUAGUAGAAAGCCGUAGUAAAACAAAAGGUUCUGAAACACACCUGGGGAGAUGGGUUUGUCAAUCUAGACUUUUCUGUACAGAAUCCUGCAGGAAGAACCUGUCUAUCCAUUACUCAUUUGUAACUGUCAAACCAAAAGCAUCCAUUUACUUUUUAGAUGGAAUAGUGUUUUUUAAUGCAAACUGUGGUUAAGGUUUUUAUUUUUUAGAUUGUACAAACUAGCUUGGUUUUGUUGAAAAACAAAAAAAAUGUG